UGUGGUCGCUUUGGGCGGCGCUGCAACUGUUAAAGAUCACACUAUAAUCUUAAGAGAUAGCGCCACUCCGAUAAACCAUGUUGAGCACGAAGUGGCUAGUGCUGUGGUCGCUGUGGGCAGCGCGGCUAGCGCGGCAGCCGACGGCGCCGCUGCGCGUGAGCAGCGGGCUACUGCGCGGAAGCGUCGCAAGUGACGGCUCGCAUGUCGCGUACCUGGGGAUUCCUUAUGCUACGGUCACGAGAGAGAAUAGGUUUAAGGCACCAGGUCCAGAACCAAUUUGGGAUGGUAUAUACGAAGCCAUUGAAGAUAAUGUUAUGUGUCUUCAAUGUCAAAUGAAUUUUCUUACAAGAGAGAUUGGAGAACAACCCGUGGGUCAAGAAGACUGCCUGAAGUUAAACGUCUACACACCUGCGUUCCCUUCAGAUUCCAUAUUGCCUGUCAUGGUUUUUAUACACGGCGGAGGUUUCACAGAAGGGGCAGGCUUUCCUUUACUUUACGGACCAGAUUACUUAGUGACUAAAGGAGUUAUUUUAGUGACGUUUAAUUAUAGGUUAAACGUACCAGGAUUUCUCAGUCUAGGAAUAAAAGAGGCUCCUGGUAACGCUGCAAUGAAAGACCAAGUGGCAGCCCUUAGGUGGGUUCAGAAGAAUAUUAAAGCUUUUAGAGGAGAUCCAGAUAAUGUCACGAUUUUCGGAGAGAGUGCUGGUGGCGCCUCGGUGUCUUACCACUUGUUGUCUCCAAUGUCCAAGGGACUUUUCCACAAAGCCAUCACCCAGAGCGGCUCUUCUCUAUGCCCGUGGGCUUUCCAAGCGAACCCAGUUCAUAAUGCUCACCGAAUAGUAAAAAGUUUGGGUUACGAUACGAAAGACCCUCAUGAGCUGUACAAGAUUUUGAACAAUCUGCCGUUACCUGAUCUAGUUGGUAUAAAGCUUCCAAAAGAUUUACGACAAACACUGUUUUCCGAACUCAUGUACGCCCCUAGUAUUGAAAAGAAUUUUGAUGGAGUUGAAGCUUUUUUGACGGAGAAACCAUACCAAUUAUUGACAAGAGGAAAUUAUACCAAAGUUCCAUUAAUAAUAGGAUUUACAAACGAAGAAGGUUAUUUCUUCAUAGGUGCAGAUGAUGCAGUAGUAUCUAAAUCUAUCCUCGAUUUCGAAUUCGCGUUGCCUAAUAAUGUUGAAUUUCCGUCAGAGUUAGAAAAAAAACGAGUUGCAGGAGAAAUUAAAGAAAUGUACAUGGGUGAUGAGCCUAUAUCAAAGACGCCCUCAGCAACUGUAAAGCUCUCAAGAUACUACGGGGACCCAUUCCUAAUUUACCCGUCUUUGGCCGAGACUGAAUUAUUGCUUCAGUCAACUGAUAAACCUGUCUACAACUACUGCUUCAAGUAUAGUGGCUGGCGGAACGUGUGCAAAGCCUUUGCAGGUCGUGCCUUCCUGUUGGAGCCGGGAGCGACGCACGCAGAUGACUUGUUUUAUUUGUUUCAUCAGCCCUUCUUGUCAUGGCUGACAUGGUUUGACAAGGAAAUGAUAGAGAAAAUGACGACUUUGUGGACGAAUUUUGCGAAGUACGGUGACCCAACUCCUGCCACCUCAGAGCUGCUGCCGCUGCGCUGGCUUCCCACGACAGCGACGAACCCUCGGGCCUUUGUGCUGGAUCGAGAACUCUCCACCGUCCCUCUGUGGUUCAAGGAGUCGCUCAUAUACUGGAGGGAUUUGUACUACAAAUAUAGGAGGAAGUGAUUGUGACUCUGGUUUUUAAAGUAGAUGAAACUUUAAACGCUA